AGCAUCGUUAGGGGUGGCGUCGGAGCGACUGGUGCGAUCAGCGGACACACUGUCACGGGGUGACAGCGGCGGGCGGCGGGCACUCUUCGCGCAAGGAAAAGCGAGUCGUAAAUUCGUCCGGACGAAACGACCGUGAUACCCGUCAUAUGGAGAACGGAGUGGCGCGUUAGGGUGACCGGUGAUCCCGCUUCCGCGGGUCAAGAGCGAGGGCCUACCACGAGGAGAGCGCGAAUGAUCGAUCCGACAGUUCGGAUCGGGAAGGCCGCUACCUCGGAUACGCUGAAAAUGGCGUCCAGCAAACCACCGGAGAUGAAUUACACAUGCGAGAUCUGCGGCCUGGAAGGCUUCAACGACGAGGAGAUGCGCUCGCACAUGGUGCAGUAUCACCUCCAGGGUGCCGCCAACUGCCCCUUCUGCGAUUUAGGCGAGAUCUCGCCCACAGAGAUGCUGGUCCACGUCAACAGCGCUCACCUGGAUUACCUGACCCCGAGCACUCCGGAAAACGAUAUGAUGGCGUUCAUCGACGACGACUCGCUGAUGGAGGAGCACAACAGGCGCGACGAGUGCCGGGCGCCCUCGCCGUCCAUGUCCCUGCGACCACCUUAUCUGCAGAACGGCUGGGGAAAUUCUGCGGGACAACGUAUCAAGCAGCAGCAGCAACAGCAGCAGCAGCAGCAGCAGCAGCAGCUUUCGUCGAGAAAAUCCGACGCUCAAAUCGCGAAUCCCAACAUGAAUAAUAACAACAAUAACAACAACAGCAACAAUGCGAAUACCGUGUUGGAAGGUGCAGCGGGUCAAGGUUCGCCACUGCGUUCUGGCCUAAAUCUGCAGUUGCGCUCGCACGCCACCCCGAAACUUCCAGUGCAGGAGUGCCCGAUGUGCCCGUACAGUUCCGACAGCCCCCUGAGGCUGGAAGAGCAUAUCAAUCGCCAACACUUUGAUCUCACCUCGCCGUCCUUCCCGCCGGAAUCACCACCGACGCGGGACGGAGUCUUCAACUGCCCUCUUUGCGUUACGUCUUUUCCGAAUUCUUCUGAUCUUGAGUUACACGUGAAUAUCGAGCACAAGGAUAUACUAAGCCCUGCGAACGGGACAGCCUCGCGGUCCGACGUGGCUACUGUCGGCAGCGACUCGACGCCCGCCUGUCCAGUAUGUCUUAGUACAUUAUUUAAGAAUAAUGACGACCUAAUGGCACACAUCGAAGAGCAUUUCAACAAGAAGAGCACGCCGUCGCCCGUGACACCGGACGUGUCGACCGACAGGCUACUCGCAAAGGACAUGGAGAGAAGAGAGAAAGAAGUGCGGAAGCUGCGUGAGCAACGCGAGUUUGAGAUGUUGCGGGCGCAGUACGGCAUGGACAAUCAGGGUAAUUUCCGGGAGCAGAGCGUCACCAAUAUGCAGCGAGCUGUUUACGCGGGCGAAAUGUCGGUGGCUGACUUCUUCGAGAGGCAAAUCGAGCUGAGGGUCGCCGAGAGCAGCGGCAUCGACGACGGCAGCUCUUGCACACGCGGGCUGGUCCCGAAAGUAUGUGCCAUCAGCCAGGCUUGCAGCAACGUAGUGAACACCUGGAUGUGUUCGACCGUGGACCAUUACGCGUCGACUUACGGCGACAAGGGCUGGGGUUGCGGCUACAGGAACAUGCAGAUGUUAAUCUCGUCUCUCUUGCAGCACACAGGGUACAACGAGCUAGUUUACAAGGCGUGGAGUUCCGGCGCCGGUGGCAACGGCUCCACGGAGAACCCGCUGCGCAGCUCCAUGCCGUCGAUCUCACGACUGCAGAAGAUGAUCGAGUGGGCGUGGACGCAGGGCUUUGACAUUCAGGGUGCGGAGCAGCUCGGCGGUAAACUGGUUAACACUAGGAAGUGGAUCGGCGCCACGGAGGUAUUCACGCUGCUGUCUAGUUUGAGGAUAAAGUGCCAGCUGGUGGACUUUCAUAGACCUACCAGCGCGGACGGCGGCCACCCCGAGCUGUUCAACUGGGUCAUGCAGUACUUUCAACGGUGUGACGACUUCAAACCACCCCUUUACCUUCAGCAUCAAGGGCACAGCAGAACGAUAAUGGGUGUAGAGCAGUUGAGGGACGGCUCGAUAACCAUGCUGGUGCUGGAUCCGAGUCAUAGCCCGGCGCAAAUGGCGCAUUUCAACAGCACGAGCAGCGCAACCGGCGCGAUGAGGCUCGUACGAAAGUCCACCGCAGCAAUGAAGGCGAGACAGUACCAAGUUGUGGCUGUAACCGGUACCAUGGACACAGAAGCGCAGUACCAGCAAAGUAAGGUAUUACGAUCAAUGCGCGUGCCUCAAGACAGGUGAGAGUUGCUGGUUCGAGAAACGAUCGAGCUACGCGCGAAGACUAUAGACUACUGCCUGAAACCAAUCUUAUCCGGCAUCCUUGAAAUUACGCGACCGCGAUAUCCUAUGUUCUCUACCACUAACAGACUUAUUCCAUUGUAGUAGUUGCAGAUCGUAUUAUUUAACAAUAUAUUCUUACAUCUCUAAUCGUUAACGGUGGACUGACUCCUUGUGAAUCGUUGUGUCCGCGCGGAGCUGACAUUUCAAAUAUCAAAAGGGAAGCUGUUCUCUCGACGGACUGCUGCUCGAGCAACUCUUUUCCGAACGCAGGAAGACCUUAUCUUCAACAACAGAGAAGAUCGAAGAUUCGUUGUAUUCGAGGAAUGCAAAAGUCUUGGUCCUUUUUCGUGUCGGAAAGUCCAUUGGCUUAAAUGAGACGUUUUAUUUAUUAUAAUUAUAUUGUCUUCAUUUUCCAUAAUAUUUCGCCAACGUUCGUCUAAUCUGCCCAGAACGUAGCUCGUCUUCCAAGAUCGAAAUCAUCAAAUUGAAAACUUGUUUGCGAACCACCCUUUUGCGCUUCGCUCGGAUGGAGAACAGCCUUCGUACAUCUUUUGCACGUUUUCUACCAGUUUGAGCUUCUUCAAUAAUCGUAAAGUAUAAGAUAUUCUUCUUGUUCAUCCAAUAUUCGUUAUUUUAAUUAAUGAAAGCAAGUCGAAGAGAGUUAUUCACGUUUAAUAAUAAUAUCGUCAUCUUUGCGAUAUUGCAGUUGCAGACCAUCAGCAAGUCAAUCUUUUAGAUAAGAGCCAAGACUUUUGUGCUCGUCCGAUACGUGCAUGCGAAUUUCUGCGGGGACAACUAUCAGAUUGAGACAACAAAAUGUCCGAUGAAAGUUAGUGUUAAAAUCGAUCGUCAUUUCUUGUCCAAAAAUGUUCUGCUCAAUUUUCGUCGCACCGAACAGGCUGUGCUAACCCUUAGUCGACCAAUCGUCUUGUGCCGAUCGGUUGCAUCACCGAAAAAGCCGUGGCAGAGCUUGGAAAACGAGACUUUUUCGUAGAUGUGAUGCUGUUAUCAAUACGAUGCUAAUCACACACAUACGUCUGAAAAACCGGACGCACUCUUGGAAACGCUCCAGAAUCAACUCGGUGUUCCCAGCACUUAUCUCGUUCCACAUUCUACACAAUUUGUGACAUGGAUUUUCCAUCAAAGUGUCGUCGACUUUUAGUCAAUAUAAAAAGUGCCGAGAGCUACACAUAUGGUAUAAAAUAUACAUUACGACAAAUUUUAUAUAAUAAUACGAGAGAUAUUCUUUGACGCAUUUUCAUUGCUAAAAGCGCUUCUAUGUGAAAGGAGAGUCUGGAGUGUCUGCAAAAGUGACUAAAAGUCGCAUUUUCAUAUAUAUUAUAUAUACAUAUAUAUUAUAUUAUACACACACACACACACACACACACACACACACACACACACACGUAUUAUACACAUCUGCACACUCUCCGUUAUAUCGUACUUCACUUGCCCACACAUAAAGUACAACUACUUUCGUAUUAAUUACAGAUAUUCUAUUUAAUUAUCCAAUCGACUCUUAGGCUACUUAUGUCUAGCUCGUAAGUCCAAACGCGAUGCUGUGAACGAGAAGAUAGUUGAAGAAGAGAAACAAAAAAAGAGUCCAUUUAUUUGUUAUUUGUAUUAUACACUGGACGCAAGAGUUACGUGACGAUUAGUAAAAGUUCUUAUUAUUAUCAAAUAUUUCAUAAAUUGUACUGAUAUAUAUAUAUAUAUAUAUAUAUAUAUAUAUAUAUAUAUCUAAGAUCUAUUUAUUAUAGUUAAAGAAUAUAUUUGCGACCAUUCGAGAGAUGUGGACGCGGCGCCCGCGGGCGCCACGUUCGUUGUUUUAUAGCUUCGAUAUUUAUGGUGCACCACAGUCGAAUGUAAGUUUUGUCUUUCAGCCCAGUAGGACCACGUCGCAAUAACGUUACUGAGAUAUCUGAGAUACUAAUUGCAAAAAUCGUCGGACGACGACGAGUCAUUAUUACAGUACUGGAUUUCGCCAUAUAUGUCGACUUAAGAAUCUGUUCAUUAUUUGGAGUGUUCAGGGAAACCAAGCUGUGGAAUUGUUAUGCAGGAGUAAAACCUUCGCAUUAGCCACACAUCAAAUUAAAAUAUAUGCUUUGUUAGAAUUCCCAA